GGCUGCCCAAGGCAGCAGUGAUCACAGAGCUGAAGCUGAUGAUGGUGGCCAACCUGAGUCGGCUCUGUGGCCUGCGGCCUGAUGAUGUCAUCUACACAACGCUCCCGCUCUACCACUCAGCCGGGCUGCUCAUCGGGGUGGGCGGGUGCUUCGAGGUCGGAGCCACCUGCGUCCUGCGGGCCAAGUUCUCUGCCUCCCAGUUCUGGGACGACUGCCGCCGCUACAACAUCACCGUCAUCCAGCAUGCGGGCGAGCUCCUGCGCUACCUCUGCAACAUGCCCAAGCGCGCCAACGAUCGGGAGCACAGCGUGCGCUUGGCCCUGGGCAACGGCCUGCGGGCAGAUGUGUGGAAGGACUUCCUCCAGCGCUUCGGGCCCAUCUCCAUCUGGGAGUUUUAUGGGGCCACCGAGGGCAACGCCGGCUUUAUCAACUACACCGGCAAGAUCGGGGCCGUGGGCAGAGCCAACAUGUUCCUCAAGUGUUUUGCUCCCUUUGAGCUGAUCAAGUACAACGUGGAGGACGACGAACCCAUACGUGACGAGCGAGGUCUCUGCAUCCGAGCCCACCCCGGUGAAACAGGGCUGCUGGUCAUUAAAAUCACCAAAGCCACCCCUUUCCACGGCUACGCGGGCGAUUCCCAGAAGACAGAGAGGAAGAUAUUGAGGGACGUCUUGGUCAAAGGCGACCUCUUCUUCAACAGCGGUGACCUCCUCAUGAUUGACCAUGAAAGAUUCGUCUACUUCCAUGACCGCGUGGGAGACACUUUCCGUUGGAAAGGUGAGAAUGUGGCCACGACGGAGGUGGAGGCCACGCUUGCCAUGGUGAACUUCAUCCAGGAGGUCAACGUGUACGGAGUGUCCGUGCCAGGGUGUGAGGGCAGGUGCGGUAUGGCAGCCAUCCGCCUGAAGGCCGGGGCGAGCUUCGAGGGUGAGAACUUCUACGCCUUCACCAAGGACACGCUGCCCAGCUAUGCUGCCCCCCGCUUCGUGCGGAUCCAGGAUGCCCUGGAGAUCACGGGGACCUUCAAGCAGUGCAAAGGCAACCUGGUCAAAGAAGGCUUUGACCCCAAUGUCAUCAAAGACCCCCUCUUCUUCCGCGAUGACAAGAAGAAAACCUACGUGCCCCUGAACCCCGACAUCUACGCCGCCAUCCUGGACAUGAAGCUCAACCUGUAG